GAUAGAUGCACACAUUUUUAUACAUAUAGAGGCCCCCAGACACAUAUAGAGAGCUAUAUAUAUAUAUCAGUUUGCCUAUACCAAAUUCUGCGUGGAAUUCUAGUGAAACAAGUAAACAAUUGCAGGCGGAAAAUUUCUCUUGAAAUCCUAAGUUCGUUUUCUCAUCUCGUAAAAAUUUCGGUCCGAUCAAGAAAAAGUGUCGCAAUCUCAACUCCAAUUGUUUAGUUUUGUCACGUUGGCAUUCGAUCGAGUCGUGCUAGACAGUUGAAUGUGAUCGCCAUGGCUGUUGAUGGAACCGAAUCGGGAAGCACAAAUAGGAGAGACGAUGAGGUUCUGAUUACAGGAGCUGCUCGAACUGGGAACAUGGCUGUAGACCCACUGGCACAAGUUAAGGCAGAUGCAAGGAAGGCCUGGUAUAAAUGCUGUCUGGGAGCAGUUGAACUGUAAUGGAUCCAGUAAGGCAUCCAGUAGUUUUCCUAAAAAGUCCAAAGUAGGAGAGGACAAGCCCAAACAGCAAAAAUCUGUGCCAGGAUCGAUGGUGAGUUUGGGCAUGGCACCAAAGAAGCCGGCAUUGAUGAAUUUGAACAGCAAUAAUCCACAAGUGCCUGGGGAAGAACUGGAGCUAAAGAUGCAGCCAGAAGCACGGUCCAAAGAAUCUAAUGAAGCAACUGAAGAGGCCAGAAAAAUUGCUGCUGCAGCUUUGGCAGCAGUGAAGCAAGCUAAUGCAGUUGGCAAAGAAGGAAAAAUAGAGGUCAGUGAAGUACGUGAAUUUGCUGGGGAGCAAGUGAAGCUAAAAAUGUUUGUAGAUCCCAAUUCUAAAGAAGCCCAGAUGGCCCAGGAAAAAGCCAGGAUGCAAGCAUCGUCUUCUUCUGGUUUGGAUGCAUUACUUGACAAGAUAAGUAAAAAACGAAAGCUUAACAUACUUGACAAAUCAAGAAAAGACUGGGGAGAAUUUAAGGAGGAGAAAGGUUUAUUAGAGGAGUUGGAUGCAUAUAACAAAAGUGGUGACAAGUACCUCGAUAAACUAUCAUUUCUUCAGAAAGCUGAGCUACGUGAGUUUGAGAGAGAGAGAUAGAUUCGCUUGGCUCAACAGGCUAAGAGGAGGGUUGAUUCUCAAAGAGAUUAGCGCUUGAAGCUUGAUCAAGACAUCAAGCUUGGUUCUUGUCAAUCUUGGCACACAGCUAGAGGAAAACUUUGAGGUUUCAUAAAGUUAUAAAAGAGAAGUAGCUUUUCUUCACUACAACAUUUAAAUGAGCCUCUAUGAGACAAGAAAAGCUGUUAAACGUGCAGUCUGAUUUGAUUAUUCGUUGUACCAUGUUUCUGUUGGACCUUGCCAUGAAGUUUGAAUUUUAUUAUAAAGAAUCAAUGUUUGAUGGGUCUAGGAUUUUUGCUUUCGCUGCCAUCCCCUUUUUGGCAUAUUUUGAAGAAUUGAGUGUAUUGUCCAAAUUUUUCCGAGUAACAGUCAUUGAUCUUUUGCAAAUUUCUUGCAUUAUUCAUGAAUCUUGGCCAGGGGAAAUGUAAGUUUCUUUUAUCAUUUUAUACUCAGUAUAUUGAUAUGUUGUGCUUUUCUGGUACAACAAUGUUUUAACAAUUGUUCUGAAAAUUUGUCCAAGUAAUGAUCAAUCUUUUGCAAA